GCCUCCUUGGCAUUAGUGUUGUGCUACUUUCGUAGCUACGCGCGUGUUGCCGCCUCCGUCCGAACAACUUCACUUUUGGCGCGAAAAGAUUUCAAUUUAUUUAUUCUUAAUUCAAAAGUCUUCAAAAAUGAGUUUAGAAUUACGGAAUAAGAAAGUCGCGGACACGUUCGAGAAAUAUAAAAUAGCUGAAUGGGGAAACGGGAUUUUAAGAACGUGUGCCCAAGUCGCGACCAAUGUUGUGGAACAGAAGCACCAGGUCUCCAGAGCGAAGAGAAGCAGGGCGUUCGGCAGCAAGGCGUUCCGCGGGAGUACGGUCUGGUUCACUGGACUGAGUGGCGCUGGCAAGACUAGCAUUGCGUUCGCUCUCGAAGCAUAUCUAGUUUCCAAAGGUAUCCCCGCGUACGGCCUCGACGGAGACAACAUCCGGACGGGCCUCAACAAGAACCUGGGCUUCACGAAGGAGGACAGAGAAGAGAACAUCAGACGCGUGGCAGAGGUCGCCAAGCUGUUCGCCGAUAGUGGAGUCGUGUGCUUGUGCAGUUUCGUCUCGCCCUUCGCCGAGGACAGAGAAGUAGCACGCCGCAUUCACACUGAUUCUGAUCUGCCGUUCUUCGAAGUGUUUAUCGACACUCCUCUCGAGGUGUGCGAAAAGCGAGACACUAAAGGGCUUUAUAAAAAGGCUAGAAAAGGACAGAUAAAGGGCUUCACUGGAAUAACCCAGGAGUAUGAGCGUCCCGAAGCUCCUGAGUUGGUGGUGCAAACAGUGGAGAGCACUAUUGAAGAGUCCACUAUGGAGGUGAUCAAAUUGUUGGAAUCGCAGGGUAUAAUUCCUCACAUGGAGAGCGUGUCUGGAGUACAGGAGCUGUUCAUAUACGGGAAUAGACUCAGCAGCGCCGUGGAGGAAGCCAAGCGGUUGCCUCAACUCGAGAUCACUACGUUGGACCUUCAGUGGGUUCAAGUAUUGUCGGAAGGUUGGGCUUAUCCUCUCAAGGGCUUUAUGAGGGAGACCGAGUAUCUUCAAGCUCUCCAUUUCAACUGCAUCACAUCAUCUGACGGCACCAUAAUCAACCAGUCAGUUCCGGUCGUACUGCCGGUCACCACAGAUGAUAAAGACCGUCUCGCCGGCUCUAGCGCCCUGGCUUUGAUACACGGUGGCAAAGCCGUGGCUAUACUGAGGGCCCCAGAGUUUUACCCGCACAGGAAACCGGAGAGAUGCGCCAGGCAGUUUGGUAUCCAUCACGCAGGACAUCCUUAUAUCAAGAUGAUAGAAGAGUCAGGUGAUUGGCUGGUGGGCGGAGCUUUGGAGGUAUUCGAGCGCGUGCGGUGGAAUGAUGGACUCGACGCAUAUCGCCUGACACCUAACGAACUCCGCGCUAAGUUCAUCGAAAUGGAAGCCGAUGCUGUCUUCGCUUUCCAGUUACGUAACCCGAUUCACAACGGGCACGCACUGCUGAUGCAGGAUACCCAGCGGCAGCUCACUCAGAGAGGAUACAAGAAACCAGUUUUACUGCUGCAUCCCUUAGGUGGAUGGACCAAAGACGACGACGUACCUCUGGAAGUCCGCAUCAACCAGCACAACGCAGUGCUAAAUGAAGGAGUAUUGGACCCUGCGUCUACAGUGCUGGCUAUUUUCCCAUCACCGAUGAUGUACGCGGGACCUACGGAGGUACAAUGGCAUGCCAAGUGUCGGAUGAAUGCGGGUGCCAACCACUACAUCGUGGGUCGCGAUCCCGCCGGCCUGCCGCAUCCCGACGGUAACGGCGAUCUCUACGAUCCCAGGCACGGGGCCAUGGUACUCAAGAUGGCGCCCGGACUUAAUGACUUAGAGAUUAUUCCAUUCCGAGUGGCGGCUUACGACGCGUCUGUUGGGAAGAUGGCGUUCUUUGAUCCGACUAGAAAAGAAGACUUCGAUUUCAUAUCCGGUACUAGAAUGAGAGGGCUUGCUCGCGCUGGCAAAGAACCACCAAAAGGAUUCAUGGCGCCAAGUGCAUGGAAAGUACUAUCCGAAUAUUAUCAGUCGCUCAAAGCGAAAAUGGACACCAACUGAUGUUUAUUUUAAACAAGAAACAUGUUCUAUUUGUUUUCAGAUUUUCCAUGUGCAAUAUUUAUAUACAUUCCUGUAUAUUAUUUUAUAUAAGUACUCAAGUAUCAUAAAACCGCACAUUAUGACCACCAUAAAAAUUAACUGUUCUGUUAGAACAAAUUUCUAAUCUGUGACAAUCUUAUUAUUGCUAAAUAGAAACAUCAAUUUCGAUAAUAUUAUUUCGUUCAAAUUUCGAACAUCUCUGAAGUAUAAAGAAAUUUGACUGGCCUCUAUUCUAAUUUUAGUCGAGAUGACGUUAAAUUCGAAAUGAAAUGUCAAUUUGCAAACAAUCUGUCAAACGAUAUGAUAGUUGGGGCCGACUCUAGUUUGUCUCUGAAUUAAAAAGAGCUAUGACAGCUGCCAGAAAAUUUUCACUAAAGCCAUUGCCGCCAAUGAGGAUGUAAAUGCUACGCAAUAAGAGACGGGACUGCCUAAGUAAUAAUUGAAAUUUAGUUUAGUAUGAAACGUGCAGUGAUUAGACAUAAGUGUGAAAUAGUAGUAAUUACAGUAUGGCGAUUGGCGACGAAGUAUAAUCCGGCCAAGUUUGAAAGCGAGCAGUUGCUUAAAACGUAGUGGAUUUCGGCUAUCUCUGUCUAUACAAGAUUAAGCCGUCAUCUGUCAAUCUAUCAAUGACUGCACGUUUCAUACAAUCGAUUGUAUCACUUUUUUUUAGAGAGUUUCGCUAGGCUGAUUGCCGCUUCUAAACUUAUUGUGGUCAUAAUAUGCGGCUCCUGAAUGCAUCAUGGAGGUUUAUGAUAUGUGGGUUGAUAAAGUAGUGUAUGUAACUGUACAUAAUUCGGCAUUAAAACACUAGUGUUAUUAUGAAACUCGCCUUAACCCAUACUACUGUUUAAUGCCCUUCAUUGAGUACAGUCACAUAAACUACUAUUAAAGUUACAUAAUUAUGAAAUACGAUCUAUUAAGCUUAGAUAAUUUAUACGUCUAGAUAGAGUCUCUUUCUGUUAGACAACCGAUAAAAACAGGCCAGGAAUAUUAGUUUAGUGUGCGUGACAAGCUACGUGUUGCACUCGCGAUUUGUAUGACACUUUGUGUUAGUGUGCGUGAAUUGCUCAAAAUAGAGGGUAGUUCUAAAGUUUAUUUUUUUCGACGUUUUCACAGCUGUCAAAGUUUAUAUCUAGAUGUAUAAAUGAUCUAGAAAUUUAAGUUUUAUGACGACAUUUGCUCUUUAUAGACGGUCGCAAUUAUUUGCGUUGUUACAAUGAAUAGAGAUUUUAUAUUUACAUUCCAUUUCAAAUAUUAACGCACAGUUUUAUUUACAGAACACUAGAUGAAAGUGGAAAUUACGCUUUAGUUUUUUGUAAACAACAAUUAUACAAUUCGUAUUAAUCGUUUGGUUGCUGAUAUCACACAGAUUUUGGAUUGAUUGAUGAUUGACGACAGAUAUUCCCCUUUUUAUUAAAAAAAAAUUGUGUGUGUGUGUGAGUUAUUCUUCUUUGGCGUAAUAAUACAAAAAUCCUUAAGAAUAUUAUUCUUCGUGCUGUUUUACGUUUGUAGAAAAUAUAAUAUUGUAACAAAGAAGCAAACAGUGUGAGGCCCCUUUGCCCAGGAUGACAGCUAGAUUAUAGGUACCACCUUGGCGCCUAUUUCUGCUAUGAAGCAGUAAUGUGUGAGCAUUAUUGUGUUUCGGUCUGAAGGGCGCCGUAGCUAGUGAAAUUACUCGGCAAAUGAGACUUAACAUCUUAUGUCUCAAGGUGACGAGCGCAAUUGUAGUGCCGCUCAGAAUUUUUGGGUUUUUCAAGAAUCCUGAGCGGCACUGCAUUGUAAUAGGCAGGCCGUAUCACUUACCAUCAGCUGAACGUCCCGCUCGUCUCGUCCCUUACUGUUAUAAUAAAAAAAAAGAUAUUAAAUUCUCGUCCAAUGGUUGUGGUUCGGAUUGGUAGCUGAAGUAUGAUACAAAUGGUCUAGUUGACCAGAUAACGUCAUGGUGUCGAUUUUGCGUGACGUUGUGCGCGCGCAUCGUAAAAAUUCACUCUGAUAUUUUUUCCCUAACGCGCCAAAAGAAGUUUAACUUAUAUUGUAACAUUAUAUACUAACUCUGGCAAGUUUUUUGCCAUCGUAAUAAGAAGUAUGAGUUUUCUUGAAUCGAAUCGUAUUUCGAAUAUAUAUCUUUUGAAUUGGAAGCUAUAGAGCUAGAGCUCUGUUAUGAAAAGAAGGUAGAUCUAAAAGAACUAUUUCUGCGUGCUUCGAAUCUUCAUGUUACUAAAGUUGAUCACAAUGUCAACAAAUAAAUGUAGGCAAAUUCGAAAUAUUAAAAAAAUUAUAGCUACUGUACAAAUAUAAAUUUCUGAAUAUUGUUAUUAUGUUAAUAAAGAUUAUAGUUUUAAAAAGAAAUAAAUAAGUAUUCAAUCUUAGAUGAAGGAUUGGUCUCCGUUGCGCUCCAACUUGAUACCGCAGGCGUAAUUGCACCGUGCGGCAACUAACACUACGCUCAAGUGGGCGAACUCGAGCCAGUCUCGAAUAAUGCAUGACGUUAACGCGCCACAUGUUCUGUUAAACUUUGCUAAUCGUUAAAAAUAUAAUUACAAGAAACAAGAAUGACUCUGGGAUCACAUAUCAUCAGUUAAUAUUUCAAAAAUUUAUUGAAUUAGGCGUUACUUUGCGGAAAUCCAUAAUCCAAAAUCUGGCACAAGACUCUCAGUCUAGGCGAGACAACACGUCCUGAGGAUGCCUCGUGUAGAGGCGAAACACGUGUCGAAUUGUUUUAAAAACAAAUAUAAAAAAGCGGAAUUAACACUAAAAAAAACUCAAAUCAUUUGUAUAGUUAAUAUUUCAUUAAUUUCAAUGUAAAAUAACACGAAGCGUAUAUAAGUUUUGAUUGAAAGAUGUCAUUGAGUGUCAAAAUGCCACGCACACAAGCAUCUUUACAAAUAGCCAAUACACACGACAUUAUAAAAGCUAUUGUUCUUAGCUAGUACGGUAUCUAGUUGGAGCGCAGCGGAGACUUAAUCCUUAAUCUAAGUAUUCAAUGAUGUAAACAUUGUUACAGCGUCAAAAGUGACGUUUAUCAAAAUGGCGCCGGAUUAUGGUUUUGCGUGACUAUGUAUGUGUCGCAAUUAUUAAUAUAAUCAGAGAAAUAUUAUUAAUUUAAAUAUAUCAUGUUAUAAAUAAGGAGGUGCAAAGGGUUACUGUUGUAAUGUAUGAUAAUUUAUUUAUAAUCAAUUUAUUAUGGUGCUUUUAAUAUAGGCAGAUUUAUGUAGUACUAUUAAAAUAAAUUUAUGUUUUAA